AUGUACUCCCAGAAUAUCUCCAAGCUUUCUGGGAAGGCGAUAGUGUCUUCUCUGUCAGUUGCAGACCGAAUCAGAGGCCUAUCAAAAAAGGUUUCGCCUAAUCGCUGGGAUCCAGAGGAAGCUGCCGCCAAGCUGAGAAAUGAAAUCAGAGAUUUAAGGUCCAAACUUCUGUCCGAUAAUUCCUUAGAGGAGGGCACUGUGAAACAACUUGGAGAUGCAGUGAAAGAAUUACAGGUGGUGAAAAGGCAAAGCUGGAAAAUAAAGAGAGAAACAUCAAAACAACUUGAUGAAAAGAAAACGUGCCAUAGUGAGAUACUGUUUCCAUUUGUUAAGACUUAUUUGAAGAGACCAAAACACAAUCUUAUGUCCUUUAACCUUGAUCGAUCUCCUCCAUAUUUGUGUUUGCUAACAAGGAAUGCCAGUGAUGCGUACGAGAACAAGACUCUGCUCCAAUCAAACAAGCGGAAUUCUCUGGAGCAAAAUGAAAAUGGUGUCAAGUGUGCACCAGAGAAGUCUAUUUACCAAAAUAAAUCACAAAACCAGAGAUCUGUAUCUAAAUAUCUUGGCAUGGAACUGGAAUUUUCUAUGGCCCAGGCUAGAAGAGAAUGGUUGAAAGAACAACAUCGGGCUUUGAUCAAUAAAGAACUUCUGGACCUUGAGCCAGACAAGCUACAGCAAGGGGAUUCUGAACCUGAGCAGGAGACCCAGAAGCUGUUGAAAGAGAAGUCUGUGAUGCUGUUGCAGCUGGAAGCGCUAAGGAGGGAAAUGACUGAAGCAGAAAAAGAUAUGGAGUUGCUACUGAGUUCUUACAGAGAAGAAGCCAUAGCACAGAAACAACACAUUUUGCAGGUUUUUCACGCUUAUCGUGGGCUGUUGGAAGAACAAAUGGACGCCCAGGAGCAUCGAUAUCGGAAACUUCUCGAGGAAGCCAUACAGGAUGCCGUGCAACUUUCUGCGAGGAACCAAGAACUGGAAGCAGAAAACAAACGGCUACGGGAUGAACUGAAAAGAAAAGACACAAAGACGCUCUAAAGCUCCCCAUAGACGCAACGAUUCUUCUUGCCGAACGACCGAUUUUAGGGAAGUCCGACCAAUCCUUCGAAAUUAUCGUGCGGUUAGUGGGAUUCAAACGAUCGUACAUCUUACGA